AUAUAUUUUUUUUUCUCUAGGAGAUUGAGGGUUUGAAGUCACUAAUGGAUGAAAGUCCAGAAGACAAAGAAAUGCUGAACAUGGCAUCUGAGGAAUUGUGUCUGGCCAUGGAAGAAGUGAGAAGACUGCAGAAUCAACUGCUGAAGUCAUUACUUCCCAAGGAUGAUGCUGACGAACGGGACUGUAUUUUGGAGGUCAGAGCAGGAACUGGAGGGGAUGAGGCUUCUUUGUUUGCAAUGGACAUAUUCAAAAUGUAUGAGAGAUACUCAACGAAGAAGAGAUGGAAGUUUGACGUGGUAGAAAUAACAGAGUCUGAUCUUAAAGGAUACAAGGAAGCUAGUGCAGCAAUUUCAGGAGCUGAUGUUUAUGGGAAACUUAAAUUUGAGAGUGGAAUUCACAGAGUGCAGCGAGUUCCUGUGACAGAAAAAUCUGGACGUGUUCACACCAGUGCUGUGUCUGUUGCAAUCCUUCCUCAGGCUGAUGAGGUAGAUGUCCAGUUGAGGCAUGAAGAUUUAAGAAUCGAUACAUAUAGAUCUGGUGGUUCAGGUGGUCAGCAUGCAAAUACUACUAACAGCGCUGUUAGGAUAACUCAUAUUCCAUCUGGGAUUACAGUCUCCAUACAAGAUGAGCGAUCCCAACAUAUGGUAAAGCUUUUAUACUAUUGAAACCAUUUAACCUUCUUAUCAUCUGUUGGCAUAGUUGAUAUUUUCUUUCAAUAACUGAAAAAUGUCUCAUCUUCUACAAUGAUACUUACCUCUUUCAAGUGGACCUCCUUCCUAAUUUAGGUGUUUUUGUUUGAUUUUGUCAUUUGUGUUGUUACUUUUAUGAACAUUAAAUAACUUGCUUGCACCAUACAUGUAAAGAAACAGUGUAUCUACUGGUGGUUAUACAAAGAGUGGUAUAUUACCAUACUAAUUAGGUUUAGCCUUUUAAACAAUCCAAUUAUUUGAUGUAAUAAAUAAAGUUUUUGGUGCGUUAACGUGCUAAAUGUUUUGAAGCAAAUCAAUAAUUACUUAAACGUGAGAUCUGAAUAUUAUAUGUCUCUUCUUUUGUUUUUCUAUGUUAUGAGGUUGAUAUUUUCAUUCAUCAACAUUUUUUUCUGUAGUUUG